AAGUGACACGGUGGGGACAGAUUCACUUUAGAGUGUCGGAAUCAGAGAGGAAAUACAGGAAAAGAAUCAACUCCUCUUGUCCAUUUCUGAGACCAUGGGUUGGCACGAUGGCUGCAUUCGUUGUAUGGUUGGCAUCCCAACCGCUUCUGUAAUUGCCACCAUCCUUUGUUUCAUUGGGGUGGCCUUGUUUUGUGGAUGUGGUCAUGAAGCUCUGAGUGGAACUGAAAAACUGAUUGAGACAUACUUCUCGAAGAACUACCAGGAAUACGAAUACCUCAUUCACGUGAUCAAUGCCUUCCAGUAUGUGAUCUACGGCAUCGCUGUCUUCUUUUUCCUGUUCGGAAUCCUGCUCCUGGCUGAAGGAUUUUAUACCACAACUGCAAUCAAACACAUUCUGGGAGAGUUCAAGUUACCCAAAGGCGGCCUUAUCUCUACUGUAACUGGAGGACCACCCAAGCCUAGGAGUGUCAGGGGCAGACAGCCAAUUCACACCUUGGAACUCCUCUGCCGCUGCUUAGGGAAGUGGCUGGGACACCCAGACAAGUUUGUUGGAGUCACAUACGUUGUCACCAUCCUGUGGAUCCUGGUUGUUGCCUGCUCUGCUGUCCCCGUCUACAUUUACUUCAACACUUGGGUGACCUGUCAAUCGAUUGCAUUUCCUGCAAAGACCUCGGCUGGCAUUAGUAACUUGUGCGCUGACGCACGAAUGUAUGGAGUUCUGCCAUGGAAUGCUUUCCCCGGAAAAGUGUGUGGAGCCAGUCUACUUGCUAUUUGCAAAACCAAUGAGUUUCAGAUGACGUUCCACCUUUUCAUUGUUGCGUUUGUUGGUGCCGCUGCAGCUCUUGUGGCUCUGAUAAACGCCCUCAUGUGUCUGUCGGCCAACAGGGUAUAUCAUCAACAAGCACUAGAGGCUGGAAAAAGGCAGGAGGCUCCACAGGCUGAGAGCUCAGAACUUACUGAGAUUCAUCCGGAGCUCCCUCAACGAAGCGCAGAGAACCUGGUAUAAAAACGCCUUUGUUUGGGGUGUCCCAGGUUGGGAGCAUGCAUUUUAUUGUCGGCUGUAUUCAAUAGGAACAUUUAAUUUGUCACAUGGCAGUUGUUUUGAUGUUGUCAGUUCUAUUAUUAAUUUAUUAUUAUUUUUUUUAUUUUUUUAAGAUGAUUGGUUUUUGUUUUUCUGGAAAAGGUUUCAUCAGUUGGCCCUCUAUUCAAAGGAAAUUCAUUUAAAUGGAAUGAUCUGAUACUAAACCGACUGUUCUACACAACCCAUUGCUCUUUUAUUGUACAAUGGAAAACCAACAUGGGAAUUCAAACUUUUAUGAUUUUGUUUUAACAUAAACCAGGUUCUCUAUUUUUACAGAAACACCAAAAAAAGGAAUCGCACCACUCCACACUCACCCGGCUGCACAAACCAGCCUCGGGUUCAAGGGCUUCUCUAGGGCUUCAUCUAAUGCCCAAACCUCAGGAUGCCAUACCAAGGCAAGCCAAACUGCACAUCUGUUGGUAAUGAAAAAAAAAAAAGCUUUAUUGUUCGAGGCAGUUCACACACCCUGACUCCUAAGAACCUGCCAACAUACUAUGUGUAGAGAAAAGGUUCUUGGGAGAUGUAGUUCUAGUGCAAUAGGAACUGAACGGCCAGGAACUACCCCUUCUAGACCUUUGCAAGCCAAAGAAUGCUGAG